ACUGAGCACGGUAACCUGUACUACUGCCUAUGGACUGCCCAAUUUGUUAUCAGGCCAUUUCUCUAGAAGACGAGGCGUACGUUGGCUCUUGUUACCAUCGGUUCUGCCACACGUGCAUUAGCGAAUGGACAAGUCAGCAACGCCGGCAUCCAAUCCCUGGCAGUUUUGGACAGGACGGUGGACGCCCGGACUAUAGAUGCCCCAUGUGUAAGCAACAGUACACCUACAUCCUCUACGACUGCGUCCUCAACUCCUUUCGGGUCGAAUACGUAGACGCGGAGGCUAAGCAGCGGGGCUGCGGGGGUACUGGGGCAGGCUUCGCGCUCUCAGCUGCGCACCGGCGACGCAGAGCCCUCUACAUCAGGCCGCCUUCCAACCAGCAGCCACGAGAACAACAGCCACCGCACCAGGAGGAGCAGCAAGGCAGCCAGCCGGGGGGUGAGCAACGCACGUUGCAGCAGCAGCAACAACAAGAGCAGCAGCAACAACAAGAGCAGCAGCCACAACCCGCCGCGCCGUCGCAACCGCAGCCAGCGAGGG